AUGGUUUAUUUAUCAUUACUUGAACCAUUACUUUAAAGUUAUAGCUCAGAAGUAACAAAUAAUAAAGCCCUUGAUAUUAUAAGCAAUAAUAUAGAUUGGGCUUAUAUAUUUUUUUGGUUUUUUAGUUUUUAUGGAUAAUUAUAUGAAACUUUGAAGCCAAACAGUAUAUUAUUGUUUUAAUUAAGUGUUUAAGGAAGGUAUUUUAAAGGUGGAGAGAAUGGAUGGCCAUUUAGUGGUAAUAUUACUUUAUAAGAGCUCAUUAUUGCAAUUCAUUCUGUAGGAAUAACAAUUACAAUAUAAAUAGCUUAUUAUUAUAAAAAAGGAGAUAAUCCAGGAUUAAGUUUAUGAUGUAUAAUUUUAUUAAUAAUUUUGUGAUCUUAAACAUUAAUAUAUAUAAUUUUGA